AAGAUGGGCGUGGCUGGUACACAACAGCUUCUUCCUAUAGACGACCUUUCCCCUAAUUUCAAAUUUUUAGCUGGGAAAUUCCAAAGUUUUUACAGUAAAGUUGAGAAGAAGUGUUUGUUUCUGGAGAAAAUAAAGGCGUCUUAGACAUGAGGCGGUCUUUUGCACCCAGUCAACUGCUCAAGCGGAGUAGUGACCUUGCAGAGAAUGUAGACACACCACCAAAGAAAAAGAGGGGAUCUGUUACCUCGAGACUGCCCCUAUCUCCACUGCCCAGACCACCCCCUGCUAGUGACGAUACUUGCGACCAUUCCUCUAGCCAUGAGGAGAGGAUUAAACUGAUUCUGGCCAAACCGUUCAAAGUCCCUAUACUAAACUAUAGCUCUUCCUCACUGAAGCGUGGACUGGGAAUGAGACGGUCUGGAGUGCGAGCGGCAUUACAUGAUCCGUACGAGGAAGGGGCACUGGUGUUGUACACACCAAAGGAACUCUCUGCUCAUGAGAAGCUGUCAGUGGACAUGUCCAAGAAAGAUGUCCACGUGGUGGUGGACCCUCAUCUGGCGAAGGUGCUGCGACCUCAUCAGAGAGAAGGGGUCAAGUUCAUGUGGGACUGUGUCAAUGGAGACACCAUUCCUGAUAAUUACGGCUGUAUUAUGGCCGACGAAAUGGGACUCGGCAAGACUUUACAAUGCAUUGCCCUAAUGUGGACACUACUGAGACAGGGACCCAACUGUACUCCUGUUAUUGACAAAGCUGUGGUGGUAACUCCCUCCAGUUUAGUAAAGAACUGGCACAAGGAGAUUGUUAAGUGGCUUAAUAGCAGGGUCCAUCCCCUAUCCAUUGACUCGGGGUCAAAGGACGAAAUCGACCGCUCAUUAACGACCUUUAUGAACCAGCACGGCCGUCGUGCACCCACCCCCAUCCUCAUAAUAUCUUACGAGACGUUUAGACUCCAUGCACAUGUACUGCACUCGAGGAAAGUGGGUCUAGUCAUCUGUGACGAGGGGCACAGACUCAAGAACUGUGAGAACCUGACGUACACGGCGCUAACACAGCUCCAGACUAGCAGGAGAAUUCUCCUCUCAGGAACACCCAUUCAAAAUGACCUCCUGGAAUACUUCAGCUUGUUGCAUUUUGUCAACACUGGAAUACUGGGCACGACUGCAGACUUUAAGCGAAGGUUUGAGACUCCUAUUCUGAGGGGACGAGAUUCUUGUGCUACUGAUAAAGAGUUUGGACUGGGUAGAGAGAGACUGACUGAGCUGGCCGCCAUUGUGAAUAGGUGUAUAAUUCGUCGCACCUCCGCCAUUCUCACCAAGUACCUCCCUGUGAAGACAGAGCAGGUUGUGUGCUGCAGACUCACACCAUUACAGACACAGCUCUACAAGCUCUUCACUCAGUCCAAGGCUGCUCAGAGGUUGCUUUCUGCUGAGUCGUCAAAAUCCAAGGCCAAGGGUGGCAUGUCAUCAUCUUUGGCUGCCAUUACACAUCUCAAGAAGCUCUGCAACCACCCCCUGCUGAUUCACGAGAAGGCCGUGUGUGGGGAGGAGGGAUUUCAGGGAGCUUUAGCACUCUAUCCGGCAAACUUUGACCCCAAGAAAAUACAACCAGAGUUUUCAGGUAAGCUGUUGGUGUUGGAUACACUGCUGGCUGUAACCAAGGCAACCACUGAUGACAAGGUGGUCCUGGUCUCUAACUACACACAGACACUCGACAUGUUUGAGCAGCUUUGUAGAUUACGGAGGUACCUGUUUGUCAGGUUGGAUGGUUCAAUGUCUAUCAAGAAAAGGUCUAAAAUUGUCGACAAAUUCAACGACCUCGCCAGUCCAGAGUUCAUCUUCAUGCUGAGCAGCAAGGCUGGCGGGUGUGGUCUUAAUCUUAUCGGAGCCAAUCGGCUUGUCAUGUUUGACCCUGACUGGAACCCAGCUAAUGACGACCAAGCCAUGGCUAGAGUGUGGAGAGAUGGACAGAAGAAACAGGUUUUCAUAUACCGGCUGCUCUCUACAGGUUCCAUUGAGGAGAAGAUAUUCCAGCGUCAGGUGCACAAGAAAGCUCUGAGCAGUUGCGUGGUGGAUAAGGAAGAGGACGUGGAGAGGCACUUCUCACGUGAUGACCUGCGGAGGUUGUUCCUACUCAAUGAAGACACAGACUCAGACACACACGACAAGUUUAACUGUCGACGCUGUGUCCUGGGCCGUCAGACACGCCCACCCCCCGAGGGAAGCGAUUCAAACUCUGAUCUCUCUCAAUGGAACCACAACUCUAUGGACAAGAAGGGAAUCGAUGACUCUGUGUUGAAGAAAGUGUGGGAUGGAACCACUGUUAGUUUUGUGUUUCAUCAUAGAUCACACGAGACAAAGAUUGAAACUGUUUAACUGUUUGUCAUGAUUCAGUGUAGCCAUUCAUUCAUUCCACUGUGUAUCUAUCAAUAACCCUCACACCUGUGUUUACAAUGUCUCUCCUAUUUCUAUCCUUAUAUCGCAGCUCAAUCAUGUGACACUUAUCAUUGUUUGUUUUUUGA